AUGUCCCAGUCAGACUUCAUCCAGGACGCUGUCAAGCUCAUCACUGCUCGUCCGGGUCUACCAAGUCUAAACCCCACUCAAGCGGCAUGGCAAGAACCCCCUCAUCCAACUGUCUCCAAUGCGCAGUCUCCCGAGUUGCCAAGCGAAACUGACGUGGCCAUUAUCGGCUCUGGUAUCACGGGUACUGCCGUUGCACACUACCUACUGAACCAUGGCCGGAAUCUCCGGGUGACGAUACUGGAAGCUCGCACAGCCGUAAGUGGAGCAACCGGAAGAAAUGGUGGACACCUCGUCUCAGAUAGCGACUCCUUGUUCCCGAGUCUUGUUAAGGAGGUUGGCAUCGAUCAAGCCGUUGAAACCGUCCGCUUCAGUGAAGCGAAUAUUCGUCGCCUCAAAGAUCUCACAGCUCUACUCAGCCCUGAAGAACGCGAAGCUGUCGAAUUCCGCAACGUGAUAUCGACAACUGGCCUUGAGGAUCAAGAGUCCUUCGAGGAAGCCGUUGAUGGAUUAAAGCAACUUCUCAAGGCUGUCCCAGAUAGCGACAUCAAGUACAAACUCUGCAACAAAGAAGAUGCGAGCAAGGGCUUUGGCUUUGAAAAUGUUGCAGGUGUCGUGGAGCAACAUGGCGUUGCGGCGCUGUGGCCAUAUAGACUGAUUACGGCAGUCCUAGCAUCGUUGAAGAAAGAUUUCCCCUCCCGUUUCAACCUCGAAACAGAGACACCGGUUGUCUCGGUCAACCACGAGGAUGACACAUCUCAGAUAUUCCCUUACACUCUCAAUACGUAUCGAGGGGUUUUGCGCACGAAAUAUGUGGUCCAUUGCACGAACGGAUACUCGGGCCACCUAAUACCCAAUCUCGUCGGGAAACUAUAUCCUCUCCGGGGAACAAUGUCAACACAGAAGAUGGGGCCUUCUUUUCCUCAUGUCGGUGACAGGAUGUCGUGGUCUCACAUAUCCAAAGGGACGUACGACGGUGAGACAGGUCACAUCCAACUUGGGCUUUACUACGCUCAACAGAACGCCAAGACAGGAGUUAUGUUCCUCGGCGGCGAGUCCCAGAGUUUAAGUGGCCUGCUAACGAGUGAUGACUCGUUUGUUGGUGAUGAUGCACGCGAUACUCUAACCUCAGCAGCACCACAUAUCUGGAAGGAUGCUGCACCUGCGAAGCCGCUGAAAGUAUGGUCUGGAAUCAUGGGCUUUACUGCAGACGGCAUGCCACUUGUGGGCCGCCUUCCAGCGGGCCUCACUGGCCGGCCAGGUAGCGGUGAGUGGAUCGCAGCUGGCUUCAAUGGACAUGGGAUGGAUAAAUGCUGGCUCAGCGGAGAGGCCUUGGCUAGGAUGGUGGUUGGAGAGGAAAUUGUUCCUGGCUUUCCUAGAGCGUAUCUACUGACUGCCCAGAGGAUUAAAUCGUGGACUCCCGAAAAGGCGGCGGAGACACUGAUGGACCAUAUCAUGCUGGGUGGCACAGCUCCUACUAACCAGAUGUAAUGGGGGAAAAGCCCAACACAUGUAUUUAUGGUCGCUGAGGCACUACUGUGGACCGAAGUUCCCAACCAUCGCAAGGAAGUAACCUUGAUCAUCUAUCAAGUCUAUCAAACUUAUACUACAG